AUGCAUUCAAUGCGAAAUAGUAUUCCUGAGAUAAAACAGCUAACUGUGACUGAGAUUCCAGCUGGUAGUACUGCAGUUCUAAAUUGUCACAGCAAUGAUGUGGACCACAACUUUAUGUUCUGGCUAUUCAAUGGCACAGACGUAAUUGGUCCUGGCAAUGUGUACAACGAACAGAAAUAUAAGUAUGAAGUACUCUCUGGGAAACUGCACAUUCAUGAUGUGUCUACGAGAGAUUCUGGGUACUACCACUUGGAUGAAGUAGAGGAUGAUGAUGGUGAAGGAGACGAGAUAUACAACCGUACCACAACCCCGACACAACCACAACCACCAAGACAACUUAGCCAGCCAGUUGCAGGCCCAAGUAGGAAUCAAUCGUCUGAACAUCUCUGUAUGGAAUAG